UUCAGAUAACCUUGCUCCUCAGGAACCAUGAAGGCUAUCGUAGCAUUGACACUCUUGGUGGUGGCGGCUCAGGCCAAGUCCGUGGCGGACUUGUCAGACCUGCCGUUCGUCCACAAGUACGUGACCCCGAACCCCCGCCACACCGCGGAGGAGUGGGAGGCCAUCUACGCCGCUGCAGAGGCCAACACUCCAGAGAACACCACUGGACUAGUGGUGGGGACAGUCCCGCAACCUGAGGAUGCCGGGAAGGUGUACGUGGAGCACGAGGGGCGCAUCAUCGCCGGCACGGCCGCGACACAGGGCCAGUUCCCCUGGCAGGCGAUGCUGAUCCUGGAACGGUCCGGCAUGUGCGGCGGUUCCCUCAUCUCCAGCGAGUGGGUGCUCACGGCCGCCCACUGCAUGGUCGGCAUGACCAGCUUCGAGAUCACGCUGGGCUCCACCGACAGGAUCAUGUUGCAGUCCGGUGUCGUCUCGCAGAACGCGAGGCAGGCGCUCGUCCACGCCAACUACAACCCAGAACCCCCCACCAACGACAUCGGCGUGCUGAGGCUCGCUUCUCCCGUCACUUUCACCAGUGAGUCUCGCUGAUAUCACCCCUUUCUGCUACCCGCCGUUACUUCCGUCUCCGAGGCUUCCUAAUAUCGCCCCUCUGCUACUGCCAUAAAUCUCUCCAAUGAGUCCCUCUAAGAUUCCCAAAUUGCUACCGCCCUAGCUUUGACACAUCAGUCUCUCUAAGUUUCCCACAUUUUCCCACAAUUUUCUGCCAGUGCUAUUACCUUCACCACUUAGUCUUUCAAAAAAUUCCCCUCUGCAAUCACACACUGUUUCAGAGG